AUGGGCAACGUGCAGCCUCCAUCGCUGCCACAACAUGAUAAGCAAAUCCAAUCUAGACACCAAAAACUAGAAAUAGCUAGGGAGAAUUAUCAACUGGAACAAAAAACAUUCGGAUUAACUAAUAUUGAACAGCGGGAAGUUAAUGUUGUCAAUAUCCCACCUAUGCUACGUAAACUUCCAAAAGAAGAACAGUGGUCUUUUUCAUCAUUGAUGAAAUUUGCCCUCCGAUAUUUGUUUUACUUUCUCUAUCAACGGGUUUUUCAAUGUUGUCAUUGUGGUGGAUGGACAAUUCGCCAAAUGAUCAACCAUUUUAGAUCUUCCUGCAUUCUUAAAGAACCAAAGGGCUGUGAAGUGUGGAGAACAGAAUUUGUAAAUAAUCCAAAUCAAACUCCUAUACAGAAAGCUCAAACUGACCACUGGUUUGCAUGGCAGAGAUUGAAUGGUGUUACACGAAAUCUCAUCAAACUUGCAACAGAAAUUCCUCAACAAUUUGGACCGUUUGUAGAAGCAAUAGAGAAUGACCACCAAUAUCUUGGUGGGAAGUCACUCAAGUCCCAUAUACAGGAUAAGACGUUGUUUGUUGUGGACCUAGCGGAUGUAUCAUUCAACGAGCCAUCGCUUUUGUCUCCUAUUGCCUUGUUCGUGACAUACAACAACCUGCUGAUGCCUGUAGCAAUUCGUAUUGACCCAGGAAAUCCGAAUAAUAAUGAGGUAUUUAUGCCUCCCCAGUUAGGUUCUGAUUCCACAGACAAACUACGAGAGUGGGUCAAAGGUAGAAUGUGGUUCAAUAUGUUGGAUGCUCAAUAUCAUGAGUCAGUCACUCAUUUAGGCUUCACACAUUUAUUGAUGGAAGGGAUAAGCGCAUGUAUGCACAGAAAUAUAUCUGAGAGACAUCCCAUAUACGAAUUAAUGCUUCCCCAUUUCCGCUACAUGCACUUCAUAAACGAACUCGCUACGAAAGAACUGAUCGAACCUGGAGGAUAUGUGGACAGAGACAUGUACUUCGGACAAAGGAACAUGAUGAAAUUGAUAGCAAAACAUAAUGAAAGAUGGUCAUUUGAAGAGGAUGGGUCUAUUGAAAGAAACUUCCGCAUGCGAGGUGUUAUGGAUAUACCAGGAUACUUUUUCAGAGAUGACGCCCUGCAGCUACUUGAUGUCAUACAGAAAUUUGUUCAUGAAUAUGUUACAAAUUACUACAAAGACGAUCAGGAAGUUUUACAAGACCAAGAGAUUCAGGCCUUUAGAGCAGAAGUUAUUGCACCAAGGUCUUUGACUGGUGUUGGAGGGUGUGGAAUGCUGAGUGUACCGGAGUUUGACAGUAUAGCUAAUGUUGUGACCGUCCUGGCGAAUUUCAUCUACAUCUGCAGUGUGGAGCAUUCUGCAACAAACUUUCCACAGUAUGAACAAUACGCUUUCCCUCCAAACAUGCCUGCUAUUUUGAAUGGCCAACCCGAGUUAGAAACCGGUGUACAUGAACUUGACGUAGCAAUGCCUACAGGGCAGCAAUUUUUCUCGACAAUCAAAAUUAUGAUGGUUUUGACAACAAUUACGACUAACAGCCUUGGAAACUAUGAGAGUGUGUACCUAAAUGCAAUGGACAGUGCUGGAAGACGUAUUGUGCAAAAAUUUCAACAAAAUUUGAUUGAAGUCAGAGAUAAUAUUAACCAAAGAAACAGCUCCAUCGAGAAUUCUGUACACCAAAUUAAUGAGUAUCCAUACGAUUGGCUGCUUCCAGCCAAUGUACGGAACUCAAUAAGUAUUUGAAGAGGUC